AUGUGGCAAGACACCAGAGGGACACACAGUGAUUGCACGGUGGGACCUACUAACGGGUUCAAACUGGAUCCGCUGUUUUUACAGCGACUUGGGUAUGCAGAACCAAAACACACGGCGUACAUGAUGUGUUUAGAUACGGUACGAGAGAUCUCGGUGGCGAUGGCAGACGCAGGGGGUCAACCGGCGUUUGAGCAAGCAACACCAGAAGAACAACAGCGCCGUACGCAACUAACGCAAGCUCACCACGAACCUACGUAA